AUGAAAUUUUCAAAUAAUAAUCCUCGAUAUCAACGACCGAUUGUUACAUCUGAUACUGCACAAAAGCGUCUGGUUAAUCAGGCAAACACAAAUAACAUUACUCAUGCUACUGACAGCAAUAUCUACUCAACAUCGACAGUAGCUGAAGAUUACUGUCGAGAUUUUGGUCCAGCAUCAUCUGUGUUUCUAUUUGCCUAUCGUGGUAGUUGUUAUUCGCUAACUAAUCAAGCUGUAACGUGGUCACAAGCUGAUGAUCUAUGUGAAAAUCAUUUCCAUAGUAGUACUAACAAGAAUCAAGCUGGUUUAGCUUUGUUCGAAGAUGAAAAUGAAUUUGAUUACAUUCGACAAAUUCUCGGAGAUUUUAAUCGAUCAGCUACGGAAUUCGGAGCUUACAUCGGUUUCAGCUAUCAAAAUCACUCAUGGCUAUGGUCAAAUGGACGAAAAGUAAAUUUUCUCGAAACACCACCGAGUGUCAUUGCUGCGAAUAACAUUAUUUUUCCAUACGAACAACAAAAGCCAUGUGGCAAAGUCGAAUUAUUACGACCGAAUGACACAACAGUUCUGUUUGGUUUAAUGCAACAAGAAUGCACGAAAACUGAACGUGCCCUUUGUAAAAUAAAAGUCGAUCAUUGCUUUGAAAAUGAUCAAUGUGGAAUCCAUGGCGUAUGCAAAAAUGAUGUUGGGACAUUUCAUUGCGAAUGCACUUUUCUCUACGACGGAGUUUAUUGUGAUACAUAUAGUUCGGAGGCGAUUCAAGUGAUCGCAGCUAGCCUAUUUAUCACAAUAGCUUGUAUGAUUAUUUGUUUAUGUAAACGUUCACAAAAAUACAAAGCUAACCGUCGAAGAAGACAAACACAACGAAGAAACGAGCACAAUGCUAAUUAUCUCUCUGACGGCUCAUCAAAUUGUUUAUUUCGAAGUCUCUACAAGAAAUUCAUGUCUUUGUUUACUUCAUCGAAAUCACCACGUUCUGAAUACAAAAAGUCGGGAAUUCCACCGCCAUUGCCUAUCUCUCGUCCGCCUCAAGCUAAAGUACCCAAACGCCAUCGUCCAAAACCAAACAUGGAUGGUUUACUCACCUUGGCUCAAUCGUUCAUCACAGUUGCUGUCGCAUUGAUUUCCCUCGUUUAUAUCAGCGUUCAACGAACAAGUUCGAUUUAUAUUGAACAAUCGUCAAACAACCAAUCAAGCAAACCUUACCUAUGUCGAAUAAUUGGCACUGCAAAUUCCAAUCAAAACAUCCUUAUGUUACCAUUUUCACUGCUUCUCACACUAUUACUUUUUCUUAUUCAUACAACGAUGAAUUUGGAUAGAAAGAAAUCUUUUUGUCAGAAUUUAUCAUUUCCCAUCAUUGUCAAUCCAUUUCAAAAAGCCAAUCGUUUUCACACAGUUAUUGUAUUCGCGAUUAUCUCCAAUCAGUUAAUCACAUUAUUAUACGAGAUCUUAUUUUCAUCAAGUUUAAAUCUACAUCAUGGUAUUCUAUUCGAUUUAGUCCGUCGUCUUGGCUUGAUUAUUCUCUACGGUUCACGUUAUUUUCCAAUUUUAUUAGCAUUAAAUAUUCCAUCGUUUCUAGCCACAUUUAUCACAUCGAUAUUUUUAACAUUUGACCUCUAUCUAUCCGUUUAUUUCGAAGCCAACUGUGUGGGAACAUUAAUGUCGUUGGUUAGCCUUGAAACUCGUGCACAGAUUGAAACAACACGAAUAUUCUACUUAGUCAUGAAGUUUCUUCCACACUACGUCGCACUCGGACAUAUCAUCGGAAGAUUUUAUGCACUAACGCUACGAAAUUUGCUCAUUCUUUGCAAAGGUAACAGCGAUCGGUUGAACUCAUCCACGAGUUCGACUUACCACACAACAUCUAUCGAAUACGAUGAUGACUGGUACUAUACAAAAAGCUUAUUGAUUAACAAAAAACGUCGACAAUCAUGUUCGAAUUACUAUUUCUAUACUCAAACGUUGUAUGAAGAAAGUAAUUGUUGUAAUUUGAUUAAUUUAUUUUACAAACCACGAGCAUAUUUUCGUUUUUCAUUAUUGGUCUUAUUUACCUAUACAGUCUCAUUUCUUGUGCUGUAUUAUCUGACAUGUUUGGUCAUUUUUUCCAGCACAUUUACACUGAAGAUUGUCAUGACAUUAACCGGAAAUGUUUUAAUUAAGUUAAUUAAUCUGACAAACUUGAAUUUCUCAUUGAAAUCAUUCGAAAACUUCUCAUUUCAACGUGAGAUCUACAUUUCGAGUUUAUUAUCCUUCUUUAUCUAUAUGAUCCAAUUGUUUCUUGGCUUGAAGAAGUAUCAAAUGGAUAUGUUAAAUUAUUAUCGAGGCAAAUACAAUAAAAAGCAACGAGAUCUAAUCUCAUCAUCAUGUAUCCUUCAACGAUCCUUUCAUUAUUCCGGCUAUCAAGUCGGCUAUCUCGCCUAUGGAUUCGUUAUUAUUAACUAUGCACUAUUUAUUGUCUGUUUGAUAUGUAAAAUUCUCUUUAUUCAUCCAUUAUUAGUCAAAAUCGUGUUGAAAGUUUUGGCACCAUUGGUUAUUUUAUUUGCUUUGAAGCAUAUCAUUGUUUACUGUUUAACAAAAUUCUUUUUCUUGCGAAUUAUACGAUCACACAGAAAUCUACGACAAAGUGUCGAACAAAACCGACGUCAUCAACAAGAUAUCUAUAAUGAACGACAAGAUCAAGCCAUCUAUGUCGAUUCCUCAAACUCUUCGACCUCAUCACCUGAUGAUGAGUACGAAGACGAAUCUCAAUUAUUCACACUAGAAAAUCGUCAUGCAUAUUUCUUAUUUGUUUAUUUCAAUUUCUUCUUCGAUUGUUUCCUUGGAAUUUUCUCGUGCAUACUACGCCUGUUCAAAUCGUCGAUUGCUUUGAUACUCUACAUGCCCAGACUCGAUUAUAGUAUAUUCGGGCGAAGUUUAGAGGGCAUCGACAAUGGUUAUACAGCGUAUACAUCGUAUAUUUAUGUUGAAGCAAUACAUACGCAUCCGAUUUUGAUCGCAUUUACACAAAUUAUUUAUAUGGAUAUAUUGGAUAAACGACGGCGAGAACGGCAAUUUUUAGCUAUUGACGAAAAACAAAUUCUUGAACAGCAGAGAAGAAAAGCGAUCCGUUUUCGAUGGUUUUUAUCGAUCACAUUGAUGAACAACUUAUCGUUGAUAUCAACUCGACGACAUCAUCGAAAACUGAUCAAUAACAAUUCGAAAAUGAAUCAGCGGACAUUAUCUGAUUCGUCAUUGUCUAAUCGAACGAUUACAAUUGAUAUGUGCCAGUGA